AUCAGAACGACAUGGAAGAAGGAGAAGGCAGGGAUCAUGACGGCUGAGACGCACCUUUGACUGGCAACAAGGAAGACGAAGAGUACUCUGUUUUCACUCUGCAACUAUAAGCAUACCCAUAAGGUUUUGCAGUUUUAUGUGAUAAUGGAUUCUGAAGGAUUGGAGAAGCAGGUUGAAGAGUUGAAAUUGAAGGAGAAUGAUCCACAUGCACAUGUACAGGGUCAGUUGCAGCUUACAUGCUUUUCUGAACUUGUCAACGAUGUUAGCAUCCAUUUUCAGAUCAUACGCUUUCCCAAGCAGAUAUAUGUAUGGAUUGGCUACAACUCUGCAAAAUUGGGACACAUGUAUGCAGCUGCUCCUACUCGUCCUAACAAUAUGGUAUCCAUUACUUCCAUACUUGGAGGGGCUUCUGAUAAUACUGGGUCUGGCAUUGGUCAUCGAUUAGUGUUGAAGACUGGUCUCAAUAUAAUUUUGGCUUGCAAUAUUCCAAAAAAUAGCCCCAUGCUUGAGAUAGAAGUUGAGAAAAUAUUGGUACAGAAACUCAUUAGUCUGGGAUAUACCAAGUCAAGAUUGGCAGCAACAUCUUUGUAGCAUAGGCUGGGGAGAUUUUUAAUACAUACCAGACAUUCAUUAUCCCAAUGUUGUCACCCAAUUUAGAAGCCAUGGUGGCUAUUAUAGACUUAAGUUUUGUGACUGGACACAACAAAUGUUCCAAAUUUUAACAACUUAGAAAUACUCUUGUGUGCUGGUUUUUUUUAUUAUUAUAAUUUAAUAUGUUGUUGCUUUAUAGAACCUUUCGCUGGUAAUGAUAAUGAUGCUGCUUUGAACUU